GUAAUGAAAUAAGAUAACACAGAUAGGAAGUUAUGGUAAGUUCAUCACUAUUGUUUUAUUAAACUGUUGUGAGUGAAUUAGUGACACACAUGCAUCCAAAACAUAUUCAAAGCAGGAGAUGGGCAGGGUGGGAAUGAGGAGCUUUCUGCUGACUCAUCUACUCUGGGAGGGAUGGAAGCAUGUCUGCCUGUGUUCAGACACAAAGUCCUGGUGAUUGGAAUGGUGUUAUACAUCACAAGGCAGAUGGUAUGUGCCUGUGAUGUCAGUAGCAUGGCCCAGUUAGGGUGUACAGUAAAACUCCUCUGGUGUGCAGGACAGCUUUUGUGAUGCUGCCAGCUGCCCCUCUCCAGUGUAUCUCCCCUUCCCAACACAUCAGGUGCAGUCAGAGCACCAGAGAGAGGACCAGGAGCCUUAAAAACAUCCCUGGGGAACACUAACGGGUAGCUGGAGAGCAUGCAAACUGGGGCAAAAAUGUUCAACUAUCUGGUGAUGUGUAUCCCAGUCAAAAGAGCAUUUCUAAUGGCUAGAAAACAUGAGCAGCUUCAUCAUUUUAUGGUAUUUUAGAUUAAAUAAAUUGUGAUCUUUGCAGAAAAAUGUGGCUGGAAAAGGCUUUCAUUUAAAAUGCAACUAUAUUUUCUGGUAACCAUUUAUAUCCAGGAACAAAGAUGGAAAGUAAACAAGUAUUCUUGUUUCAUAGACACCAAUUAGAAAUGUUUCUGUUUUAUUUCCCCUUUUUCCAAAUAGAUGAGAUUAAGCAGGAACAUAACCUGCUGUGAAUAUUGUGUUUUAUUUUUGUAGCAAUUUAGUUUGUUUAAUAAUUAUGUUAGUAUUGCAUUGGGCCAUAGUUUUAUUCUAAAAGUAUCAGCUAAACCUGCUUGUUUUCAUACAUAUGCAUAUUCACUUUUUGAUAGCUCACUUAAUCCAUUACAUGUCACUGGAUGUUGGAAUGUGUCCUAGCAGCCAGUGGGCACUGACAUCGAAGCUGGGUCUGGACAUGGUGCAGAUCUGUUGCAGAACUCUCACCCUCACGCAUGCAGUCACUACAUACACAGGAGUGUGAGCAAUUUGCACUAACUAGUUCACUAUGUCAUUUUUGGGAGGUAGGUAAAAAACUCUGUAUUCACAGAGAGGACAUGCAAAUUCACGCAAAGGACACCCCAGAUGAGAAUGGAACUAGUGAUUCUUUUGCUGUGAGCUAAAAAUGGCACUCGCUGCUCUACUAUGCGGCCCCUAUUUGCUUACAGUUAUGAUCAUUGACCAAUUUUAAGAGUCAUGGCUUUAUUGUUUCCUCAAUGUUAAGUUUGAUUUUCUUUGGCAUACAUUACAAGACUGUUUUUCAUUUGAUUUCAUUACCUGUCACUGGUCACUAGUUAUUAACUCUCUCUGAUAGUUCAGUGGGACUUAAAACAGGUUUUUACUUUGAUGUGUUUACCUGGUAAACAGAAAUGUAUCAUUUGGAGGAAAACUGUGAUGUUUGAAGUACAAGGUAUCCAGAUAACAUUAUAACAUUGUAACAUUGUUACAAAUUCAUGGUUGAUGUACAGAGUAGAUGGUAACAUUGUUGCAAAUCAUCAUUGCAGCUGGAGCACAAGAGGUGAAGCAGCAUCCCUUCUUAAAGAAUCUGGAGUGGAAUAGACUACAGGAGGAAAAGCCAGAGCUGGCUUUAGAUCUGUUAUGUAAGGAGAGAAGCUACUUUCAUGACCGUCCUGCAUCUUUAUGUGAUGAUCAGUAUGAAGAACAAACUUCCAUGGAGGAACCAUUUAUGAAAAUAAGCAAUUUUAACAGCUGUUCUCCUCAAUUCUAUAAGGCUGAAUACAAGAAAACAAGGCAGUUUGCAGCACAUUGAACUAGAAGAAUAUGAGCAACUGUUUUUUUUUUUUUUUUUUUUUUUUG